ACUGGAGGGAAUCUUGGCCUGUUAGGAGGAAUCUAGGAUGUUCUGGGUGGGAUUAGAGCCUGUUAGAGGGUGGCUGGGCCUGCUUGGGUUGGGGUCUGGGUCUGUUUGUGGCCUUUUUUAUGAGGGUUUGGGAUGUGCUGGGGGGGUCUGGGCCUGUUUGAGGGGAUCUGGAGCUGUUUGAGGGAGUCUGGGUCUGUUUGGGAGAGGGUCUGUGGCAUGUUGUGGAGGCUUGGGGUCUGUUUGUAGGGAUCUGGGAUGUGCUGGGGAGGGACUGGGGUCUGAUUGAGGCCUAUGUAUGGGGGUCUGGGGCAUGUUGGGAAGGUCUGGGGCCUGUUUGAGAGGAUCUCAGCCAGUUUGAGGAGGUCUCGGAUGUGCUGGGGGAUCUGGAGCUGUUUUGGAGGAAAAAGCUGAAAAGCACCUCCAUGUAUAUUUACCAGACUCUGUUUCUGAACGGAGAAAACAGCGACAUCAAAAUCUGUGCCCUGGGAGAGGAGUGGAACUUACACAAAGUGUACCUGCGUCAGUCAGGAUACUUCUCCAGCAUGUUCAGCGGCUCCUGGAAGGAAUCCUGCAUGGACACCAUCGAGCUGGAGAUCCCCGACCAGAACAUUGACAUAGAGGCCCUGCAGGUGGCAUUCGGCUCGCUGUACCGAGAUGAUGUGCUGAUAAAGCCCGGUCGAGUUGUUGCCCUCCUGGCUGCUGCCUGCAUGCUGCAGCUGGAUGGCCUAAUCCUGCAGUGUGGGGAAACGAUGAAGGAAACCAUCAAUGCCAAAACUGUGUGCAGUUAUUACAACUCGGCGGGGACGUACGGGUUGGACUCGGUGAAGAAAAGGUGCCUCGAGUGGCUCCUGAACAACCUGAUGACUCACCAGAGCGUUGAACUCUUCAAAGAACUCAGCAUAAAUCUCAUGAAGCAGCUGAUCAGCUCUUCUAACCUCUUUGUGAUGCAAGUAGAGAUGGAUCUGUACACUGCCCUCAAGAAGUGGAUGUUCCUGCAGCUGGUGCCUUCCUGGAACGGGCCUCUGAAACAGCUCUUAGCACAAGCUGAUGCCUGGUUUGCUGAGCGAAGGAGAGAACUGGAGGGCGAUGCUGCAUUCCUGGACCUGGAGCAGGGCGCUGCCUUCCGGCCCGUGUUCGCACACCUGCGCCUGCAGUACAUCAUCAGCGACCUGGCAUCUGCACGGAUCGUGGAGAGGGAUGCUCUCAUCCCCCCAGAAUGGCUGUCCUCCGUGUACAAACAGCAGUGGUUUGCCAUGCUUCGAGUGGAACAGGACAACGACACUGGGCCCCAAGAAAUCAACAAGGAGGAGCUGGAGGGAAGCAGCAUGAGGUGCGGACGGAAGCUCGCACAGGACGGGGAUUACUGCUGGCGUUGGACAGGCUUCAACUUCGGCUUCGACCUCCUCAUCACUUACACCAAUCGUUACAUCAUCUUCAAGAGGAACACGCUCAACCAGCCCUGCAGCGGCUCUGUCAGCCUGCAGCCCCGGCGCAGCAUCGCCUUCAGGUUACGCCUCGCCUCCUUUGACAGCAGCGGGAAAAUAAUCUGCAGCAGAACCACGGGGUAUCAGAUCCUGAGCCUGGAGAAGGACCAGGAGCAGGUGGUGAUGAACCUGGACAGCCGUCUGCUUGUCUUCCCCCUCUACAUCUGCUGCAAUUUCCUCUACACGUCGCUGGAGAAGAGGACGGGUGGCACAGCGGCAUCAGAGGGCACAGAUCAGCACUGAGUGCAUUGCUGCAACUCGCAGCCCAUCCUGCAUUGCUCCACCACUGCAGGUGCUCGGAGCCACCCCAGUGCCCCCCCAGCAGCCCAACAGCUGUGCUGGGAGCAGCUCACACGUCCGCCGUGGGGGGGGAACCCACCCUGCUUUCGCUCAGGAACACUGUGACCAUGGAGUGCCUUGGGGCCGUCCCCGCUGGGGUGGUGAGGGCUCAGCGCCUUCGUUCCUUUGUGUGUUUUUUUUUUUUUUUUAAUGUUGGACUGUUGUUGUUGUUGGGAAUUUACAGCCCGAUUUUUUGCAUUCCGAGAGGGAACGUUGCCCUCUCAAAGCGUCUUUUUUUAAUAUUGUCAAAAAAGCUUUAAAAAAAAAACAACAAAAAAAAACCCAAACUCCCUGCUUGGACCUGGUAAUGAGGAUAGAAGCGUUGGGGUGAGGCAGACCAGAAAUGGGGUCAAGAGGAAUGCUGUCCAUCACCCCCCCCUCAUUGUGCCAUGGGUUCCGUGGCUCAGCACAGCCCAGCAAACGGAGCUCAGUCGGUUCCACGUUUUUAUUGGGGGGAGCCGAGGAGUACAACACCACCACACUGCCAGGGAAACCGGUACGAAAAGUACAAAAAUAAGGAAGCCUCUCUAUCUCUCUAUCUAUCACGGCUAAAAAUAAAUAGUGUAAACACGAGAGGAGAACAGCAGGCGCAGCUCCGCUGCUCGCAGCCCCACCGUCUUUGGCUUGGAUCCGAAUCGUGCCGGGGGGGCCGGGCUGAGCUCUGAGUGCCCCCCCCCAGCUCCGUCCGUCCUUCCCUUCAUAUCGACAGCUGCGACUUCAGCUUCCCUUCUUCAUUUCAACCCCGAGAGCGCAGUACCGACGCAAAGGAGUCCCCUGAGAGCUCCGUCCUCCGUGAGCGCAGCUCUGCCCCACAUUGCGCUCGGGGGCUGCGGUGCAUCCCUUCCCCCCAUAUAUCCCUUUGGGGACAAGCAAAGUGCCCCCAACCCCGCCCCACAACGUCGGGUUCUCCAGUCUGAUCCCAAGGAAACGUUAAAUUAAGGAAAAAAACAACGAAGAGAAAGGAAGAUUCGGUGCCACCGCUAAAGGACACGGCGAGGUGACGCAGGAACGCAACGCCAGGUGAUGCAAUGGGACCCCCAUCCCCAGUGCUUCCCCACCUGUGCAGGUGGGGGGGGGGGGAAA